GCGGGCGGAGGCCCAUGUGGAGCGGGAGCCGGAUCGGGAUCAAGAUCAGGAUCAGGCUCAAGAUCGGGAUCAGGAGGAGACUGAGCCGCCCACGCUGAGCACCGCGAGGCCGGAGUCGCAUCCGCAGCGCCGGGCCCUGCACGCAGUCAGUGCGGACGCCGGGCAGGCCGCGGACGCACCAUGAAGGGUAGCCGGAUCGAGCUGGGAGAUGUGACGCCACACAACAUUAAGCAGCUGAAGAGGCUAAACCAGGUCAUUUUUCCUGUCAGCUACAAUGACAAGUUCUACAAGGAUGUACUGGAGGUUGGCGAACUUGCCAAACUAGCCUAUUUCAAUGAUAUUGCAGUGGGAGCAGUGUGCUGCAGGGUGGAUCACUCCCAGAACCAAAAGAGACUGUACAUUAUGACACUUGGAUGCCUGGCACCCUACCGAAGGCUAGGAAUAGGAACAAAAAUGUUGAAUCAUGUCUUAAACAUCUGUGAAAAAGAUGGCACUUUUGACAACAUCUAUCUACAUGUCCAGAUCAGCAACGAAUCUGCAAUUGACUUCUACAGAAAAUUUGGCUUUGAGAUCAUUGAGACGAAGAAAAACUACUACAAGAGGAUAGAGCCUGCAGAUGCUCACGUGCUGCAGAAAAACCUCAAAGCCCCUUGUCUUGGCCAGAAUGCAGAUGUGCAAAAGACCGACAACUGAACAAAACCCCAGUGGACACUUUCUUGCACUUGCUUGUCGCCAAAUAAGGAAAGAGCGGCCUUUUUUUUCUUAAUUGGUUGGUUGGUUUUUUGUUUUGUUUUGCUUUUUUAUUCCACCCCUUUACCUUAUUUUUUUUUUCUUGACCUCUCUCCAACAAAAUGUAAUGCUUCUUCCAAGGAUUGUCCAGUCACGUUUGGGGUUGGGUUUUCAUUGGUUUGGAUUUUUUUUUUAGCUCUUCUUUCUGGUGGUUUUUUUUUUUUGUGUGUGUUU